AUGGGUACAAAAGGAGAUGGCGAAUCACAAGAAAUCCGCCCGCACUCACCCUAUUCGGUGUUGCAGCAUUUGUCAGAGGAGGCAUUUAGAGUGGCUGGUGAGGCACUGCAUAGUGUCUACUCGGGAACUGGUCCUGCUCCUGGUUCUCAGUCAAUGCAGCAGCAUAGGCGCAGCCAGAGUGAAAUUUUCACGGCUGGGGCUGGGAAUGUACGUAGCAGUAGCUUUCGUAAAUUGAAAACUCAGAUGCAAAGGGCUUGGCGUUGGGGUGGUAAUUCGAGGGAACAAGGUUACUUGCCGAGUUUUAAUCCUGAGGUCUUGGCAAACCAGAAACGCCAGUGGUAUCAGCUUAAUUCUAAAUCUCUGAGUCAUACGAAAUAUAAGGAGCCCACAUCACUAUUUGAACACUUCCUUGUUGCGGGGCUUCAUCCUGAUACCAAUCUUGAGGCAGUGGAGGAUGCAUUUGCAAGAAAGAAGAAGUGGGAGUCGGAUAUGGAAAAUUCUGACUUGCGGGACUUCAACUCCCUGCAGCGUCGGGCUCCUUCAUUUCCAGCAUUGGAACCUCAGAUACUAUUUAAAUAUCCUCCUGGGAAGAGAUUAGCUGUGCGUUCGAAGGAUUUAGCUGCCUUCUGUUUUCCUGGAGGUGUUAAGGUUUGGCGUCACAUAGAUCUACGUGAAAUAAGCUUGGUCCCUACGCGGUUGUUGGAGAGGACUCCAUCAUUAAGUGAACUAAAUGAACUUGUUUAUGGACAGGAGCAUUUGGGCAGGGAUGAUUCAUCGUUCAUAUUUUCUCUUAAGGUGGCAGACAAUGAUACACUUUAUGGGGUUUGCUUGCAUGUUACAGAAAUCGUUCAAAGGCCACCCGGUAUCUUAGGCAGCCAGUCGCCCAUUUCUCAAUCAUCUGGUCGAUGCUGCCGUUUUCUGGUUUCUGCACCUCGCUGCUACUGUGUGCUCACGAGAGUUCCUUUCUUCGAGUUACACUAUGAGAUGUUGAACAGUAUCAUUGCACAGGAGCGUUUGAAUCGGAUAACAGAGUUUGUUAGUGAAAUAUCACUCACUGCUUGCAUGCCUUCAGUAUCUAAACAGCAUGGGCAAAUGAAUGAGAAUGUUGACUGUCUUGAUACAGAGUAUGAUUGGAUGGCUUCUGCCAUACCUGUUGACAGUGCAGUAGCCCUUACUGCUGCUGCUGCUGGAAUUAUAUCUGAUGAUGUGAUUCCAACCUUAUCACCGAAGAGUUGUGAACCUCAUUCUCCUGAAAGUAUUACUGCUCGCGAGGCUUCAGAUUUCAGGCAAGCAAGGGAUGCAGAUAAGAAUGGUAGGAAGUAUUUUCAAUAUUUUGAUGAUUAUGCUUCUCUGUCUCCAGACAGCCGUUGUGAUUCUUUAGAAAGAAUGUACGGAGGUGAUGAAAACGGUCAUGUUUCUCCAGCACUUGGGAUGUUUUCCUGCUCUAAAAGCCACAGAUUAGAGCGUCUUGGAAGUUUUGAUACCUUAUUUAGGUAG